CUGACGAUACCUUUUUUACAGGCCAAUGAAUGGGGCCUGAAGCCAGAGCAGGCCUUGGCUCUAAAGGUAACUUGGAGCAAGCUGUGCGAAACCCCACACUCGACAUGUCGCGGUAUCAACGCCAUCAUGGACCAGAAAAAUAAAGCAGUCCGGGAAAUUUUCUAUAGUGCGGCUUUUUUUAAUGGAAUAUCAGAGCACCGUAAAAGCUAUUCAAUUGCAACGCUGCACGAUCAUUCUCAUUUCUUCAUUUCGUUGAUCAGCCAAGUGAUUCAUUCAUUUGAUUUUCGAUCCGUAGAUAUUCUGGAACAUAUCGAUAAAAUUGGUGUAUGCCAUGCUGGCUUGAAAAAAUUCGGCUUUCGACAGGCAGUUUGGGAACAGCUUGGUGAGGAAUUGAUUGAUGCACUCGUUGUCCAGGUUUGUAUAAAAUCGUUAAGAACCCAAAAACCUGAAGACUUGAAAACUUAA